UACACUCACACUACUUUGUCUUGGUUGAAAUUCAUGACAUACAUAGGAAAGGUAUGCAUAUACUUAUCAGAAGUUAGAACCUUUGCUUGCACCCCAUAAUCUCUCUCUCUCAUAUAUAUUUAUCCGCCCUCAUUGCUGAACGGUUUAAAACAUAUGAUGUGAAUGUUACAUUUAGGGGUUUUAUUUUUGCCAUUAUAUAGGUGAAGUUGAGGUAAAUUUUUGCAUGACAGUGUCAUAGCGAAUACAUGGGUCAUGCAUGGUGUAUGAUUCUCUCUUGCUUCAAAGGGCCUGUUUGGAUUGCGGCUGUUGCUUCAUAGCAAAAAAUUUUUAGCUCAAGUUUUUAUGAAAAUUAAUUUUAGAGCGAUCAUGAAAUUUUCGAUCCGAAAGUACUUUGAGAAUUCAAGGUGAGGCUUUUACUUUGGAUUGUUAGAGCAUAGGUCAAUCAUUUUAUAAUUGCAGUAGGCUCUCUAAGCGUUCCCUCACGUACCAUGUUCAUGAAAACAUGGUACUCAAAGCCAACUUCACCAAAAAAUCCAUGGCAUCUCUCACCAUGGCCAUCUGCUAUCACGCUCGCAGUGGCCGCAUUCGCUUAGCUCGCGACCUCUUCGACGAAAUGCCAUACAAAGACGCCAUAGCCUGCAACUCCAUGAUCCAAGCUUAUGUUCAAAACGGGAAGCUUGAAGCUGCUCGCCAAUUGUUCGAAGAAAUGGUUCAAAGGACCUCUUCUUCUUAUAACACCAUGAUUACAGCUUAUUUGCACGAGAACAGAGCUCACAUUGCUCUGAAGCUCUUUUUUGUGAUGCCCGAGAAGGACCCAAUAAGCUGGACCUCCAUAAUUCAUGGGCUCUCGCUUAAUUCUCAUGUUUACAAUGCUUGGAAGGUGUUUGAGGAGAUGCCAGAGCAUAAUUCAGAGGCUUGGGCAGCCAUGAUUUCUGGGUUUGGACAGAACAAGCUUUAUAUGGAAGCUCUUUUAGCUUUUCGAGCAAUGUUAAUGGAGGGGACGAGCCCUAAUUCUCACUCUUUUGCUAGCUCAAUGGCUGCCUGUGCUGAUUUUACAGUGUUAUCAGUGGCUUUGCAACUCUAUGCUCAGGCAAUGAAGUGGGGUUUUUUGUCAAAUACCAAAGUCAGUAACUCUGCAAUAUCCAUGUUUGCUAAAUGUGGGAGCUUAGAAUUUGCUGAAAAGGCCUUUGGGGACAUGCAUGUACAAGACUUGGUCUCAUGGAAUUCUCUGAUAAUGGGUUGCACACAACAUGGCCAUGGCCGAGAAGCUCUGCAACUCUUCAAUAAAAUGGUGGCUUUUGGCCUGAAACCUGAUCGAAUAACUCUUCUUGGUGUGCUUUCAGGUUGUAGUCAUUGUGGGCUCAUUAAAGAAGGUUGGUAUUGCUUUCAUAGUAUGGAGAGGGCAUAUCGGUUGUCUCCAAAACCCGAGCAUUAUGCUUGUAUAGUCGAUAUGUUGGGUCGAGCUGGGCUCUUGAACGAGGCUAUGGAGUUUAUCAGAGAGAUGCCAUUUGAACCUGGAGUUGGAAUUUGGAGGGCUUUUCUUAAUGGAUGUCGGUUAUUUUCAAACAUCAAAAUGGGAGAGUUUGUUGGGAAGAGGCUCCUCGAGCUUAAACCCGACAAUCCCACUGCUUAUUUGCUCGUUUCGGAGAUGUAUGAAGCUUGUGGGAAGAGAGAGAGAGCUUUGGAAAUGAGGAGAAUGAUGAGAGAGAGAGAAACUGUGAAGGAGGUGGGGUUCAGUUGGAUUGAGAUAAGGGGAAAGGUGCACUCAUUUACUGUGAGAGAUGAGACCCAUGAAGAAUCAGAUGACAUAUACAAGAUUGUUAUAUUGUUGAAUGGAUUCACGAAAAGAUAUGGCAGUUUUACGUUGGCUGCCCUACCUAACACAACCCUCCUGCUUUAUCCGGGCGUGGGACUGUCAUGACCGGCUUGGGACUGUCAUGACCGGCUUGGGACUAGGCAUGUCUACUAAGUUUUGUUGUUGGAUUUGUGUGGCACUUGGAGAUGGUUGCUAAUUUGGUAAAUGACUCAAAACAUUGCAAAAGCAUAGGUUCUUAGGAUUGGAUCACUUUUGUUAGUGAUCAAGUGGGUUUUACAUAAACUUGUAUAUGUAGCACAUUGUUUGAAUUGGAGAUGGAAAAUUCUAUCACAGACGGUUAUAUACGACUAUAUAUUAACAUUUCUAAUCAGAUUUUCGAUGUAACUGCUAAAUUUUUUACAUAGCUGGUAAUUGCAAGAAAGGGGUGAUCAGGAGAAAAGAACUAACGCGGAGAUUCACAAUGAAGUAACGCGGAGAUUCACAAUGCAAUGAGAAACAACAACUUCAGAGACCUCAAAAAUUGAAGAAAGGAGAAGGAAAACUUGCUUCACACUCAUAGGCAAAGGAGUGCUAAAAAGGUUCAGUAAGAUUCAAAGAACCACUGGAGUGCUUUUGAUUUUGGUUUGUGGCGGCUUCCUGAUACUAUGGCACUUCCCGCACUUGAUUUCGGGAAGUGGUACACUAGUUGGGAAACCUUCAUUUCCCGUGGCUUCCGAAAUAGCAUUAAGAAAGGGCAAGUGGCGGCUUCCAUGGCCCCCAUUCAAGCCGCAACUUUGGAACUUCAAGAAGACGCAGCCCACAAGAUUAAAUGCACCCUGACAGGAGCAAAUGGCAAACAAAACUGGGUUGCAAGAUAGACUAAAGAAGCAAAAGAGGACAGUUGGUGUUUUUAUUAAGCAAAUGAGUGUGAAAACAAGACAAGAUUCUGGCUUAGUGGGAUUCAAAGUCCCAUAAAAGACAAAGAUAAGUAAAUUGGGUUAGAAUCAUCAACCUCUUUUGAAAAAAUUUAGAAACACUAUGAAUCUAAGCAUGAGAGUGAGGAAGAGUAUGUGGAUGAAAUAGAAUUCAAGAUGACAUUGAAAAGAAUGGCAUUUUCCGAUAAGCCUCUUUCAAUAUGGCUCUUAGUGAGGUCUUCUCUCAUGAAAUCAAGGGGAAAAACACUAGGUAAUGAUGGUAAAACUUCGUUCGGUGGCUGUUUUUUAAAGAAAAUGCAAUAAUGUUUAGUGGCUGUUUUGGUAGAUUUUCUGUAAGAAAAUUAUGUAUAGGAAUAGUUUUAUUAGAGUGCCAAAGGGGUCCAGGUCUUGACCCUCUCACCCAACUGACCCUCUGACCCAACCUGGGCCCAGGUCUUAACUGUAUCCUUGGACCCUGCGCAUUGGGUCUAUGUCAAACAAACUUGGAUGCAGCUGAGUCUGGGUCUAAGUCUGAGUUUAUCUAGGUCAGACCUACCAAAUCUGGUUUUAGGUGUGGACCCCAACC